ACUGGGUCGCUCACUAGCCCAGUACAGCAAAGUACACUCGGGAUGACAGAACGGCGAGCCAAGCUACCGUUAACCCGAGGGCGUGAAACCAGCCGGCUAACGAGCUAACGGAGUUAGUUAAAGGCUAACUAUGAAAACCAAGAUUGCAGCAUAGCGUUAGUUAGUUGAAGGUAGGAUCAUUGUAGAAAUACUUUUGGAGUUAAGGCUAACUUUACGUUACCAACCCAACCAUUGGCUAGCUAAUGUUAAAUCUGAUUAAGCCUUCAAGUUAACACAGCUUGCUAACGCAUUAACCUAUUUGAUGUGGCCUGACAGUUGUAGCCCAAGGUUAGAUAACAUUUACUGAGAAAACUGUUGUUGGAAAGUUGAAAUCACGUCGAGAAAUCAUGGCGUCGAUGCUGUUUGAUUCGACAACAUAUGCAGAGGAGCAGUUUUGACUUUGGGCUGUCAACAAGCUCGCUGACGUUAGCUAUCCUGGCUAGCCAGCUAGCUCAUUUGCUAACAUGGCCAAAAUAGAAAACGGCCGUCAAUCAGUGGACACAAGGAGUAUCCGGACUAUUAGCAGCACCCACAUAGACGAUGAAAGCUCUUUGGGAUCCGACUCAGAGAUUAACGGUUUCACCAGCGACAGACAAACCGAUAAAUAUGGAUUUAUUGGUGGGGCACAGCAGUACUCGGAACAGUCAGCUCAGGAUGUGCCUCCAGAAGUGCUCAGGCAAAGGGAGGUGAAGUGGUUGGACAUGCUCAACCACUGGGACAAGUGGAUGAUCAAGAGAUUCGAUAAGGUGAGGCUGAGGUGCCAGAAAGGAAUCCCUCCUGCCCUCCGAGGCCGUGCAUGGCUCUAUCUGUCAGGGGGGAAGGUGAAGAAAGAGCAGAACCAAGGAAAGUUUCAGGAGCUGGAUAGUCAGCCAGGGGACCCCAAAUGGCUUGAUGUGAUUGAGAAAGACCUCCAUCGACAGUUCCCUUUCCAUGAGAUGUUUGUGUCACGGGGAGGACACGGGCAGCAGGACCUGUUUCGUGUUCUUAAGGCCUACACUCUCUUCAGACCAGAGGAGGGAUACUGCCAGGCUCAGGCUCCCAUUGCUGCUGUGUUGCUCAUGCACAUGCCUGCUGAGGAUGCAUUCUGGGGGCUGGUCCAAAUUUGUGAGAAGUAUCUUCCUGGCUACUACAGUCCUGGCCUGGAAGCUAUACAGUUAGAUGGAGAGAUCCUGUUCGCUCUGUUGCGACGUGUCUCCCCGCUAGCCUUCCGCCAUCUGGAGAAACACAAGAUUGACCCCAUCCUCUACAUGACUGAAUGGUUUAUGUGUGCCUUCUCCAGAACGCUGCCUUGGGCCUCAGUGCUGCGUGUCUGGGACAUGUUCCUCUGUGACGGAGUAAAGAUAAUCUUCCGUGUGGGUUUGGUGCUACUUAAGUGCAUGCUGGGGACCCGGGAGAAGCUGAAGGCCUGUCAGGGCCAGUAUGAGACCAUGGAGCUUCUCAGGGCCAUAGAGCCUCGAUACAUGCAGGAGGGCUACCUCGUCCGGGAGAUCCUGGAGGUGCAAGUGACUGCACGAGAUGUGGAAAGAGAGCAUCACACCCAGCUGAAACGCUGGAAGAAGAACCGCGGAGAGCUGAAUUUCAAGCCGCCUCCGAGGAUGCACGGCGCACGGCUCAUCAUGUUGGCUGAGCCGCCCAGACGCCAGGACCUGCAGCAGAACCCCACCAUUUUACUAGAGGUGCCUCAGCCCACCGCGCAGCUGAAAAAGGGCAAAGAGGAGAGGAAAAGCAAGAAGAAGAAGAGCAUUAAGAAAUCCCAGCCCACUAUGGAGAUCCCUAACCCUUACCCUCUUCUAAACGACCCUCCUCCUCCUCCUCCACCUUCAGAUCCACCUGCUCCACCUCCUGUCAGGGACGAGACACCAGAGGCCGUGCCACAAACUGACACAGACUCACCUCACCAGCAGCAAGCGCCUCCUACAGACCUUCCCCCUGCCAAAGAAUCUCCUCUUCAGCGAUCCACACAAAGCCUUAGCAGCACAGAGCAGGAUACAUACCUGUAGCUCCACAGCAGUGUUUGUGUGUGUGUCUGUGUGUCUGUGUGUCUGUCUGUCUGUCUGUCUGUGUGUCUGUCUGUCUGUCUGUCUGUCUGUCUGUCUGUCUGUCUGUCUGUCUGUCUGUCUGUCUGUCUGUGUGUGUGUGUCUGUGUGUGUGUGUGUGUACACGAAGCACCAGCACCCUCAGCCAACAACCAACUGGCUUUGCCAAGGUCUCUGACUGGCCAGCAUCGCUAUUAUUCUACUGUUGGACUGUUUUGUAUUCAUUUUAGACACCAUUUUGCCUAUGAUAUUAUUGGUAUACACUAAAGCAACAUUGCUGAGUGUAAAACUACUUUGAUGCUUGUGCCAUUUCUCCACAUGUAGCUGAUGUUACCUCCUCUUAAUGCUUGAUGCUCUCAUUUAGACCGUUAGUCUUAGUAUCUGUUACCAGGGAGACACGUUACUGAGUUUUUGGGAGCAAAGACAUUUCUUCAGACAAUUGUGGUUUAAAUGAAACUCAAGGAACAAUGAGAUGCCACAGCUUCUGCAGUUUUUCUAUACAUUUCCACUCUAAUUCAACACUAUUGAGUUCACCUGUAAUACUGUGCAGCAGUGACUAUAAACUGCUGAUACUAACUCCAUGCUUUUCAGCCUCUUAAGCCAUUAUCUUUCAUUAGGAGUGUUGUGCACUAGAGGGCAGCCUCGCAGAGGCUCCAGCCAUAAUUCCUGUUACAUUACUUGUUAGUUAAGCUGAUCACAGCAGGGAGGAUUCGCUCAAUUUGGGAGGUAUUUUUCUGAGGAGUUUGCAUUUUUGCAUUCCAGUAGGAAAACUUGCAUUUCAUGUUUCACGUUCUUACAUUUGAACUGAAAAUAAUCUUCUGAAUCAGUGAAAUUGAGUCACGCCACAUUAUGUUCAUGCAAGUCUUUUUCUACAAGCACUAUUUAUUUAAAGAACAGUUCGAACAUGAAAUUUGUUGUUUGUGCAUGUGCUGCUAGUGCACAAAUGGUCACAUUUUUUCAGAGUCUGUUUAACUGAUGUGGUUAAACUCUGUAUGAAAUAUAAUACUCACUGUGCCAGGCACUUCCAGCCACUUAAGAGCAGCAUUAAUUCAUGUUACUUGGGCAGCAGAGAGGAGAACACUGGACAUUCCUCACCAUAUGACACAUUCCUGCCUUUUUAAAAGCUAAUCAGUCUGAAAGCUGUCUCUUGCCAAAUGCAAAUCUGUGUAAUCGAUGUACAGUAUUUGUCUAUGUGUUUCCUGUCACAAUUUGGGACAGUGAGUGAUUGCAAAUUACCUAAUGGUGCUGACCUUCCACUUGGCAUAGCUCAAGUAUCCAGUUGGGGGCCAAGCAGAUCUUGCUGUGUAGUAUGUUGGGUAAUUUCUUUAAUAUAUAUAUUUUGCUAGCAUUUCCAAAGCAAAUCAAGACUGUUGUUUUGAGACGAUCUUCGACCAGUACCUGUGACCAAGCUUAUUCCAUUAGUACAGUUGAGGGAUCAUGAGAUUUCAAGAUUUAUUGGGAUGUUUGUAGCAUUUCUCUCAAGAGAACUUGCCUUGUUUCUUUGGGAAAGGUGGAGACAAGUGGGGGUUUGAGGCCUUUUUAAAAAAAUUUUUUUUUCAAAACAUGUUGGACAAUCUUUAUUGCAUGGUCCAAGUUUGUUUUCUCACUUUCAUCACAAUGGUAAAUGACAAAGGGAGUUUUGACAAGCAUAUGCACACGUGUGGGAAGUGUUUGUGUGUAUCAUUAUCAAGAAAAGUCUUUGCUUAAACAAAUGCAUGUGUAGGUCAGUUAUUAUAAAAACAAAAUGGGGUUUCAGAUGAUAACACAUUGUCAAGCAGUCACUCGCCUGUAUGCAAUAGUUCUUUAGUUGCUUGUAUUACACACCUCACAUUCCGCUGACGUUAUAUUUUAAUUUAAUGCUGUUUGUGUAGAUACGACAUGUAAAAUAACAAUUUGUUUUGUAAUGAAAUCUAUUUUUCAAUGUUUAAUGCCAUAUUUUAUUGAGCAGUUACAGAAACUGCAGAGGGGACAUCUUUAAAUCAUUUGCAGUCUCUGACGAUAUAUUUUAGAUCAGCAUUUGUAACACUAGAGAAGAAAAAAAAAAACUUGCUCAUCUGGAAUUUGGGAGGUGACCUUUGAUGCUUAAAAUGACGGAUUGGUAUUUUACCAUUUACAACAGGUUUAUAAAAGAGAUGUUUGACAACCAAUGGGCAGUAUGCAUCAUCAUGAAUUUAAAUUUUACAAAUAAAAUUUUGUUUAAACCAAA